AAGUUUGGGAGCUGGACGGGAGGUGUUUGUACUGACUUGCCGAUGGAUAUCGAGCAGCUGGUGUGAGGGACCCCCCUGCCCCCACUGGCCACAGGUCGAGCAGCAGAGGAUUCCUUAAUCCCCCCAGGCCUUGGGCAUUGGCUCUGGUGUCAGCCCCUCAGUCUGCCACCCCCGCUCCCUGCCUCUCUCCUGGCCAAGGACAGGGCCGCCUGCCCACGUGCGGGACCUGGGUGCAGCCUAGUUGGUGUCUCUGCUCUGGCCCCGAACACUCCGACCUCAGCUGGUCCAGCAUGCUGGGCACCGUGCUGCUGCUGGCCCUGCUCCCAGGGAUCACCACCUUGCCCAGCGGGCCACCUGGUAUGUAUGGACAGGGAGGUGAUGGGUCUAUCAUGCUUCUAUCCCUAUGUCACCCACUUUAUUUUUUUUGAGAUGGAGUCUUGCUCUGCCACGCAGGGUGGAGUGCAGUGGUGCAAUCUCGGCUCACCGCAACCUCCGCCUCUCCAGUUCAAGCGAUUCUCCUGCCUCAGCCUUCUGAGUAGCUGGGACUACAGGUGUGCACCACCACGCCUGGUUAAUUGUAUUUUUAGUAGAGACAGCGUUUCCCCAUGUUGGCCAGGCUGGUCUCGAACUCCUGACCUCAGGCAAUCCGCCCGCCUCAAACCUCCCAAAGUGCUGGGAUUACAGGUGUGAGCCAUCGCGCCCUGCCGAUGUCAAUCUUUUUCAACUAGACCUUUGGUGGUCCUCCUCACGGGUGUGGGGACAGGGCAGGGGAGUGGGGUGGGGUCUCUGUCCCCCAUCCCAAGGGUGGCUCACAUCCCCACUUCGGCAAAGCUCCCUGCAGCCACGGAGAGGGCCAGAGUUGUGGGAAGGGGCCAGUUUACCCAGGCGCUCUUCAGAAGUGGGUGUGGUGUGGGGAUGGACAAGGGGGCUCACGCCUGUAAUCCCAGCAGUUAGGCUGAGGUGAGAGGAUCGCUUGAGGCCAGGAGUUCCAGACCAGCCUGGGCAACAUAGACCCCGUAUGGCUGUGGUGGCGAGUGGCUGUGGUCAUAGCUACUCGAGAGGCUGAAGCAGGAGGAUGGCUGGAACCCAGGAGGUGGAGGCUGCAGUGAGCUGUAUUCGCACCACUGCACUCCAGCCUGGGCGACAGAGGGAGACCCUGUCUCAGAAAACAAGAAAAACGGAUGUGCAGACAAUCUUUCGUAUUUGGAGAUUGUCCGUUUUACCAGGACUCUGCUCAGCACCUCCUGAAGGCAGACAUCAGCGUGUGUUUAGGGGCACAGAGAGGGGCUGCCUCAGCCUGGACAAGUGGAAGCGUCUCAGAUCUUGGUGGCCUGGCUGGGCUUUGGCUGUGCCCAGGAGAGCCUCUAGGGAGGGUAUCCUCUUCACUUCCCUUCCUCGUUGUUGACAGCACCUAUCUCCCCUUAGAAAGGGGAGCCGCCGGUCCUGCUGCGUCCCCAAGAGCAGCCCUGAGGGAGGUGGGGGAGCUCUGAGUUCACCCAGCCGGACCCCACCAUCGGGUGCUCCUCACCGCUUCUCUUCCGCCCCAGGGAGGCCUUCGCCAGCUUCGGAGGCUUCUCUAGGGGCGCAUGGCUCUGCAACCGGCUCAGCUGCUGGGCUGUGCGGCUCCCAGGGGUCGCCAGGGGGCACAUCACCGUCAGGGGGGAACGUGGCGCGGAGCCCAUCAUGGGUGAAUCAGCCGCCGCAACCGCAUCCCUUUUCCAAAGGCGGCGGCGGGGGCGAGGUGGUCGGGUCACUUUUCCUGGAGGCCUAAAGGGCAGCGCGCGUUUUCUCUCCUCUGGGCCGCCCUUCCCAGCCCCGCCAGCUCCCCCGUUCCCCGCGGCGCCCGGCCCCUGGCUGCGCAGACCCCUCUUCAGUCUGAAGCUGUCUGACACAGAGGACGUCUUUCCGCGCCGCGCGGGGCCGCUCGAGGUCCCGGCCGACAGCCGCGUGUUCGUGCAGGCGGCCUUGGCCCGUCCCUCCCCGCGCUGGGGCCUGGCCCUGCACCGCUGCUCAGUGACGCCGUCCUCACGGCCGGCCCCGGGGCCCGCCCUGGCUCUGCUGCGCGAGGGCUGCCCCGCCGACACCUCUGUCGCCUUCCCGCCACCGCCGCCACCGAGCCCGGGUGCCACCCGCCCCGCGCGUUUCAGCUUCCUCCUGCGCCCGGUCUUCAACGCCUCGGUGCAGUUCCUGCACUGCCAGCUGAGCCGCUGCCGCCGCCGCCGCCUCCGGGGAGUCCGCCGGGCGCCUGCGCCUCUGACGCCGCCGCCGCCGCCAUCGCGGUGUCUGCCUCAGGACGAGGCGUGCGCCGGCAAUGGUAGUGGCAGCGCCGAGGGCCUGGCUGCCGACGGCCCCCACCUGCACACGCUGACGCAGCCUAUCGUGGUCACCGUGCCGCGGCCGCCCCCCAGUGAGCACGCAGUCCUUCUCCGCAGGGAGCCGUGGGGCGGCACAGCGGGUGGGAAGGACGCCUGGGAGCUGGACCCAGUCUCAGCGUGGCACUUCCCACAGGGCCGCCCAAGAGUGUCCCCGGCCGCGCCGUGCGCCCUGAGCCUCCCGCGCCGGCCCCCGCGGCCCUGGAACCCGCGCCGGUGGUGGCGCUGGUGUUGGCAGCCUUCGUGCUGGGCGCCGCGCUGGCCGCCGGGCUGGGCCUCGUCUGUGCGCACUCAGCUCCCCAGGCCCCUGGCCCGACCGCGAGAGCCUCGCCCAGCGGUCCCCAGCCCAGGAGGCCCCAGUGAGGAAGGCAGACCGAUGGAAGAGGCCAGUGGUCUGCUGGGAAGGGAGGUGGCCCGUGUAGCGUCCCCUCCCUCGCUGAGCCUCAGCCACCCCUCCCAGGGAUGAUGCGCCCCCAACGUGCUCCGGAGACACACCCAGCUACCGCUUUGGGACCAGGACCAACAGGACCGGACCCGCCUCCCUGGACCUCGGACCUGAUGGGGCCACGACCCCUGCGCUUCUCUCCUCCCCCUGUCCCUCCCACCUGUGCUCAAAAUAAACCUCUGGACUGACCGGCUAA